AUGUUUCGAGUUAUCAAACAGUUGCCAAAAACCCUUGUAUAUAACAAAAGCACAACGUCAUCGUUGGAUCACAACAGAGGGUUCAAAGUUCCCACAACGUUGGGUAUCUACAACAAAUCUGCUGCUAAUCAACAACUAACUAUAACGACAAACGUUUGUCUCAACACUAAUAAUAAUCGUUAUUUGUCGACUAGCACUGUAACAGGUGAAAACAUGAAACGCUUACAGGGAAAAGUUGCUAUUGUAACUGCCUCAACUGAUGGCAUUGGAUUUGCUAUUGCCAAACGUUUAGCUCAAGAUGGUGCCGAUGUGGUCAUUAGCAGCCGUAAACAGCAAAAUGUGGACAAGGCCGUGGAAGAGUUGCGCCAAGAAAACUUACAUGUCUUGGGCUUGAAGUGUCACGUCUCCGAGACACAAGAUCGCAAACAAUUGUUCGAAGAAACCAUAAAGAAAUAUGGUAAAAUUAAUAUCUUGGUAUCGAAUGCUGCCACAAAUCCAGCUGUCGGCGGUGUUUUGGAGUGUGACGAAAAAGUCUGGGAUAAAAUUUUCGAUGUCAACGUAAAAUCUUCAUUUCUAUUGGCCAAAGAAGCAUUGCCAUUUUUGCGUAAAGAAAAGAAUUCCAGCAUUGUAUUUGUUUCGUCCGUUGCCGGAUACGACGCUUUUGCCCUCUUGGGUGCAUACUCAGUCAGCAAGACGGCAUUGAUUGGUUUGACUAAAGCAGCUGCUAAAGAUUUAGCCCCAGAAGGUAUUCGGGUUAACUGUUUAGCUCCCGGUAUUAUAAAGACUAAAUUCUCCAAAGCCCUUUAUGAAGACGAAUCAGCUAACGCAGAAGCAUUGUCGAGAAUUCCCAUGGGACGUUUGGGUAUGCCCGAAGAAAUGGCUGGUGUUGUUUCAUUUUUGGUGUCGGAUGAUGCCAGUUACAUUACAGGCGAAACUAUUUUGGCCACUGGCGGUAUGUCUGCUCGUUUGUAAGAAAAUGUUGCAAUCUUUUUUGUAUAUAAAA